AUGCUAGUGGAUACAGAGGCUGGAGUGUUUUUGCACAACAUUGUUUGGUGUGGUUGUCCUGGGUCUCAACAUCGGCAGCAUUUGCAGUUGCUGAAGGCCAGGUUAUUUCCUGCAAGCAUCACUCAACCCUGGACUGCCUUCACAUUUGAAGUCUUAGAUCAUUUUCUAAUUGAUGUGCUGGAGUGCAAGACUUCAGCAUCAAGCUUCUUUGAGAAAAUUUGGUGGAUGACCAAUCACUCAUUCCCAGAUACUGUUCCUAAUCAAUAUCAGGAACUCAUGAGGGUGUCACGUCUAUGGAGAGACUUGAUGAGCCAAAAAUGCUUUGGAUUUGGCCAUGAUACUCAAGAGAAACCUGGCAAGGAUGAUCUGGCUUGGUUUUGCCCUUCAUGUCCUCAGCCUGGCAUCAACAUACCUGAUAACUGGCAAGACAAUUGGCUCAUUUCACAAAGAUAUGUUGUGGAUGGAAACUUUACCACUCAACAUAUGACUAUGAAAAUGCUGCAGUUAGAUAUCAGUCUUUCAGAUGGUCUUGGAAUAUCAGGCCAUCUCUCAUUGGCUGUAGAAAGUAAGGAGCAUUCUUCUUGUAGCAAUCACCAGGUGAUCAAUACCACCAAUAUCAACAGGAGUAAUCUUUGUGCGACAGGGGUGGGAGCAACUGCUUGUGCAUGGCACAGAUGUUUUGUUCCACACAGCAUAGUUGAUUUUCAGAAGGGUGAAAGGUCUGUGCAUCCUCCUAAAAGGAUGUUAAGCAAGCUCAUAAGAUGUUUAGACACAUGA